GCAAACACCGCGGUUGAUGGCGACUUCACCCCGAACUGAGAGCGUUUACAACAAAGAAGAGAGAAGACAGAUUUUUUGGGGUUGUUUUGUUUUGUUUUGUUUGGAAGUAAAGCAGAUUAAACAUUAAACAAUAAGAGUUUCCUCACUUCGGCGAGGCGAGCGGAACAACAGCCAGACAUCCUCAUAAGCUGUUAUCAUCUGGAGCUACACCAUGCUGGCUGUCUGCAGGUCUACAGGCUAAACUCACGCUAUCGUCAGUAUAGCGCUGGGGGGCGCUGAGAGAUGGGGAACACCGCGACCAAGUUCCGCAAAGCGCUGAUCAACGGAGACGAGGUUCUAGCGUACCAGCUGUACGAGGGAAACCCGCAGUUUAAAGAGUCUCUGGACCCCAACACCUCGUACGGGGAGCCUUACCAGCACAACACCCCGCUACACUACGCCGCUCGACAUGCCAUGACUCGCAUUCUCAGGUCCUUCCUCUUCAGCAAGGAUGGAAACCCCAACAAGCGGAACGUGCACAACGAGACGGCGCUGCACUUGCUGUGCAUGGGGCCGCACAUUCUGCUGCCAGAGGGGGCGCUGCAGCCUCGCCUGGCCCGGCCGUACGAGGACGAGCGCCGCCGGGCCGACUGCCUGCAGAUGAUCCUGAAGUGGACCGGCGCCAAGCUGGACCGCGGCGAGUACGAGAGCGCCGACGUCAACGCCACAGACAACAAGAAGAACACGCCGCUGCACUACGCCGCCGCCUCAGGGAUGAAGACCUGCGUGGAGCUUCUGGUGACACGUAACGCAGACCUGUUUGCGGAGAACGAGAAUAAGGAGACUCCGUGUGACUGUGCGGAGAAACAGCACCAUAAGGAACUGGCCCUCAGUCUGGAAUCUCAGAUGGUUUUCUCCACAGAUCCCAAUGCUGAGGACAUCGAGGCUGAGUAUGCUGCCCUGGACCGCAGAGAGUUUUACGAGGGUUUGCGGGUGCAGGACCUGCGGAGGCUGAAGGAUAUGCUGAUAGUGGAGACGGCUGACAUGCUUCAGGCUCCUCUCUUCACCGCGGAGGCUCUGCUCAGGGCUCACGACUGGGACAGAGAGAAGCUUCUGGAAGCGUGGAUGUCCAAUGCUGAGGACUGCUGUCAGCGAUCCGGUGUUCUGAUGCCCACUCCACCACCCCGAGGCUAUAACGCCUGGGAUACACUCCCAUCGCCCCGAACCCCACGCACCACCCGCUCUUCCAUCACCUCUCCUGACGAGAUCAGCCUCUCCCCGGCCGACGAUGAUCACUCCCUGUGCGGAAUCUGUAUGUGCACCGCCUCCAUGUUUGAAGAGCCUGUUGAUAUUCCAUGUGGACACGUUUUCUGCCGGGCAUGCUGGGAAAGCUUUCUGAACCUGAAGAUCCAGGAAGGUGAAGCCCAUAACAUUUUCUGCCCAGCCUACGACUGCUUCCAGCUGGUUCCUGUGGAGGUCAUAGAGAGUGUGGUGUCCAGAGAGAUGGACAAGCGCUACCUGCAGUUUGACAUUAAGGCGUUUGUGGAGAAUAACCCGGUGAUCCGGUGGUGCCCGCGGGCAGGCUGUGACCGGGCAGUGCGGUUGGCAGGGCAGGGACCAGGUGCCAGCGCCUCGGACCCCCUCAGCUUCCCUCUGCUGCAGGCCCCCGCCGUGGACUGUGGGAAGGGUCAUCUCUUCUGCUGGGAGUGUCAGGGCGAGGCUCACGAACCCUGCGACUGCCAGACGUGGAAGAUGUGGCUGCAGAAAGUCACCGACAUGAAGCCAGAAGAACUGGCAGGUGUAAGUGAGGCGUAUGAAGACGCUGCCAACUGCCUGUGGCUACUCUCAAACUCCAAACCCUGCGCCAACUGCAAGUCCCCCAUUCAGAAGAACGAGGGCUGCAACCACAUGCAGUGUGCCAAGUGCAAGUAUGAUUUUUGCUGGAUUUGUCUGGAGGAGUGGAAGAAGCACAGCUCAUCUACAGGAGGUUAUUACCGCUGCACUCGGUACGAGGUCAUCCAGCAGGUGGAGGAGCAGUCUAAGGAGAUGACUGUGGAGGCUGAGAAGAAGCACAAGAGCUACCAGGAACUUGAUCGAUUUAUGCACUACUACACACGCUUCAAGAACCAUGAGCACAGCUACGAGCUGGAAGACCGUCUCCUUAAAACAGCCAAAGACAAGAUGGAGCAGCUGAGCAAAGUGCUGAGCGGAAGAGAAGGAGGUCCUCCGGACACUACGUUCAUUGAAGAUGCCGUGCAUGAACUUCUAAAGACUCGCCGUAUCCUCAAGUGCUCUUAUCCCUACGGUUUCUUUCUGGAGCCCAAAAGCACAAAGAAAGAAAUCUUUGAACUUAUGCAGACUGACCUGGAGAUGGUGACGGAGGAUCUCGCCCAGAAAGUGAACAGGCCUUACCUCCGCACCCCCCGCCAUAGGAUCAUCCGGGCCGCCUGCCUGGUGCAGCAGAAGAGGCAGGAAUUCCUGGCCUCCGUGGCCCGAGGGGUGGCACCCAACGAUUCACCAGAGGCCCCUCGACGCAGCUUUGCUGGGGGGACGUGGGACUGGGAGUACUUGGGCUUCGCGUCUCCAGAGAUGCAGGGGAAUCAGGCACUUCUCGGAGGAAUUGAUCCGAGAGUCUACAUUCAGAAUGCAGGAGGCCAGCGGCAGGAGUAUGCAGAGUUCCAAUACCGCCGCAGACACAGGCAGCGUCGCCGUGGAGACAUGACCAGUCUGAGGAGCAACACACCGGACUCUGAUGACCACAACCCUGGCACUUUAGAUUCAGAACAAAUCGGUUGCAGUCAGAGACCAGGCCUGCCUAUGCCUCACAGCUCUCUGGAUGAAGAUGACCCCAACAUCCUGCUGGCCAUCCAGCUCUCCCUGCAGGAGUCCGGCCUGGCCGCUGGUGCUGGAGGAGGCAUGGUGGAGACUCAGGAGCUUCUGGCCCACGAGGCGUCCAUGGGAGCAAUCGGGACAUCCCUGCCCUCCAGGCUGGACCCGCUCCUGCAUGGGGUUGAUGUUCCACGUGCUGCCCUGAGCAGCUCCGAGCUGCUGGAGGUCGGAGACAGCCUGAAAAAGCUGGGCAACAUGAGCGGCCAGAACGUUCCACAGCGCUUCAACAAUCUAGGCAAUCCCAAUCCCGUCGGAGGCCCAUUCCCACCUCUGCCUGGACAAAUGGAGACCGCCGACAUGGAUCCUGCUGACAACGCCAACCUGUUAGGUAACAUCAUGGCCUGGUUUCAUGAUAUGAACCCGCAGAACAUCAGUUUGGUUCCCCCAGUUGCUCCUUCGGAUUCAGAGUUCAGCGCUCAGGCGCCGGAGCAGCCCGUGGAAAACCCGUUCCAGCAGUGGCCACCAGAGGGCGACCGAGAGGUUCGCAGCAUUGAGCCCGUCAGACCUACUCAGCUGGACCUGGUGAGCGUGGAUGUACCAUCAGCACCUCCUCUGGUGCCCCAAACGAGCGAAGAGCAGGAAACUUCUCACCCUUGCCACUCCGAAACUCCGAAAUGUGACUCGGACCCCGAGCAACCCAGCAGUAGCUCCUCCGAGUGGGAGGGUCAGGUGCAUCUUGUAUGAGAUUGAGGGCCUCCUCCUUGUCCACCAUGAAGCCAGACCACUUUUUGAUGCGAAGUAGCUGAAGAAAAGCCAAGGCAGAAAGAGAUUAAUUGCGUAACUUGUACAGUCGGACGAAUAGAAAUGAGCAGAAACCGUAUUUUUAAGAAUAAACUCGUAAGUAUUGAAGCUUGUCUGUCGUCUCGUUGCAGGGUCUGCGUCGUUUUUGCUUCGGACGCGUGAUGUUUUCUUCACGGGGCCUGGAGAGCUGAACAGUUUCCAAAAAGAAAGAAUGCGGAACGGCCAGUAGGAACGAUGGCUGUACGUAGUCUAUGGGGGGGGGUAGUUAGGUAUGGUAAUGCAGUUAGCCUCGGUGCACGACUCCUGUCUGGUUCUCUGUCCCAGAAGAGCCGUACUGUAUGGAACAGGAGUGUGUUUAGCCGAGGCUAAGCUAGGCUAGGCUAGGCUAGGCUAGUCUGAAUGUCCCGUGUGGCCAGCGAGAGCCGCUUAAUCUCGCCUCGGUUGUUACUGUAGGUGCCAUAAACACUGGCUAGCACAUGCAGAGCUGAUGCAAAGCCAGUGGACAGUGUGCUGAUUGUGCCUGCUGCUGAGGGCUAAAGCCCCUUUACAAAGACCACCCUCUCCUUCAAACCCAGUGGGUUGUAGUAUUAGAGAAAUUCAAGGUGUACGCUGGCGUCUCUCAGCCUGAUCUCUUACCUGCUGCGUCUGUAGCGUACGGCCGACUCUUAAUUCCAACGUACAGAAAAAGUGUUGAUUCAGAAUGUUUAUAAUAAAGUAUUAGUAAGCAUUCUUGAGAUUUACCAUUCGAAAUUAGUAUUAAACCAAUUUUGUUGCACGUACAUAGUCGUGUGCCAGGUUUAAUGAUGUUCUAAGUGAAAAUAAUGACACUUUGCACAUUUUACUGUUGAUUUUCUGAAUGUGAAAUAUUGGGAGGAAAAUAUAUUUUCUAUUUUUUAUUAUAUUUUAUUUUUUUCCCAACAAAUACAUAGAAAUUGUGCAGUAAAAUUUGCAGAAAAAUGCCUGUAGAGGAUGUCUUAACUUACUUUCACUUAGAAAGUAAACAAAAAAAAAUGGAAUUAUAUCAGUGUUCAAACUUUUACAGUUAAAAGAAAAUAAAAAAAAGUAAAAGGAAUACAGAAAUCAGAAGAGCUGAAGUUGAAACCGAAUGAAAAUUCAAGUAAAAAUCCAAAUUGAUCAAAACAAUAAUAUGAAUAAGUUUUAAAUACAUGCAGAAAGAUCAGCUACUAAAAUGCUAAAUUAAAUAAAUGUGAAAGAUCUCAUCUGAUGAUAAUAUUUAGCAAAAGUUUCAAUCAGUUUGCUGGAACAUAUAAAGAAUUUCCAGGGGCUGUAGAUGAUUUUAUAAUAUAUGAGAAAUAUGUCAAGAAUUGAGAACUGGCAGAGAAUUACAAAGGACUAAUUUACAGUUAAACAGCUAAUUAAUAUUAAAUAAUAUGCAAACACUGUUGAAACAUGAUGUUAUUGUGGGGCCUUUAAGAGCCAUUAGGCUACAGUAGAUGAAAUUCCCCACUGUCCAGUUUCACAGAGUGUGAUUUACAGUCUGAAAAAAGCAGUAUUUUCUGUACAGUUAAAGCGUCCCAGUAUUUCAGUUAAUAAAAUAUUAAAGUAUAAUAUUACAUGCCUUUCCUAAGGCUUCUAUAGUUGAAUUCCAGAGCUGCUCCACUAUAACAAUGGAAAACAUCUUGGUUUUGAAUAUGGAAAUCAGAUGGGCGUGGCUUUGGAAAUCACUUAUGUAGAACGUGUAGCAGUCUGAAGUUUCUCCAGCAGAGGGUGCUAUUGGCUCACAAGUCACCAUUAAUUCACACCAGAAGCAGCUUGAACGCAAGUGUUUGCAGUAACAGCUAUUAAAAUGAUUAGUAGCUUUCAGAAGAGGUCACUCAAUAUAUUAUUCAAUAUUUUGUUUAUUAAAGAUUUUCAUUAAAACAGAUAAACACAAGCUAAAAAUAGAACUGACGGCGUGUGUUGGUUGGUUGGAGGCGAUAUAAUUGCUAAUCACGAAUUUUUAACUAGAAAAUAUCGUGCUAAUUAUUUUUAUGUAUCGCUUGGGCCAAACUGGGAAUGACAUAAUCUUGCUGAUCACUGUGCUAUUUAUAGCAACUGUUUUGAAAGAAAUUGAUAUAAAUUAAAAAAACAAAGUUUAUUAUUUACUAACAUUUGCAUUUUUACCUCGUCAAAACUUGAGGUUGUUUAAACAAUUCACAAAGUCAUUUAUGGUAUCUAGUUUAUGGGCGAUGUGACAAAUAUAACGUCGUGAUACACCAUCGACAUUUUCACGACGCUCGAUAUGUCAUUUAUUUCUACCGUCUGAAAACAGUGCUACAUUUAAAAAAUGCUGUGAAAACUUUGAACGUAGUGGUUUAUAUUGAACAUUUCACGCACAGCGCUGCACUAAACCCACCUAAACAGGACGCAGCACUGUUUUUAAUGUUGUUCAGUGUUUUAAGUACUGCCGAUAUCCACUCAGAUAAGCAUAUUGUGGAAAUGUAUCACGAUAAUGAUGAGUAUCGUUGUAUUACCAAUCCCUAGCAGCUUAUAACAUGACUAUCAUCUGCUGAUCAGUCGUGUUCGCUACAGAUUCUGCAGGUAUGGAUUAGAAGUAUGCCUGAAACUCCAGCAGCUCGCUGAUUCUGAGGUGCUGAUGAUGAUGAUGAUGAUGAUGAUGGUGGUGGUGGUGGUGGUGGUGAAGGAAAGCGUGACGUGGUUCAGUUGCGGUCCUCCUGGUUUGGUCAAAGCCGAUCACUGUAACCCGGCGCUGGUGAAUCAGACGGAGCGUAACGACUCUGCAGUGAGUGUUAUAAACGGUUAUAACUCUACGCAAACUCAUCACAGUGCCUUUUCUGUGAAUUCUCUCGUAUUUAUUGCCACAUCUCUCGAAUGACGCUCGCGUACUCGUACGAUACGCCGAGCGUCGCUGUCAUUUCCAACGGCAGUGAAACUAACGGCCUCCAGACUUACUGUUUUUGAUGAAGUGUUUUUUUUAAAAUAUGUAUCCGUAUCUCUUCAGCCUCCCUUUAGCUGGUCUCUGGUUCGUCUCCAGAGCCUUUUUUGUAAGCGCUCUCACUCGUGUGGGGUCACUGCUGGUUCUCUCUGCGUCUCUUCUUCUCCGUACUAACUCUUAACAGUAAGCUGAGCGUUUAAGGAGGUGUCGUAUGUACAGCGUGUGGCUUCUUUCAGUGUGUAAACGCCAGACCUAAUUAAUAUAUUGUGACAAUUGAUUUUUCUAUUUAUUUGAAAUUGAAUGUCUUUCAUAAAAAAGAAAAAUAAUUAUGAAAUAAUGGAUAAUUGUACAAAAGCCAAUGUUUCUGUCCAUGAUGUGUCAAACAGUCCUUUUACAGUGCCACUUUUAAAUACGCGCUUUAUACUAAUUAAUUGUGACUACUGAGGUAAUUAUAGCCAUUUAAACAACACAGUUUUUUUGUUUUUGUUUCUUUUUUCUUUUUUUUGAUAUUAGCAUGUAUUUCUAUUACAAAAAAAAAACAAAAAAAAUAAAA